AUGCGUACCGAUCCACGAAGCGCGCUGCUGCGCUCGUGACUGCGCCUGAAAAAAUAAAAUGGUCGCUGGUUAUCGGGGUGAUGUGUACGUGGAAUAUCAAGCCUGUAACAAUUACUAGAAAGAGUAUAUAAUUAAUCAGGAGUGUUAAAAAUGGGUGACAUAAAAGCGCAGCAUGGUGCGCAAGAUAUGAAGGGCUGGCUGUUCAAGUGGACUAAUUACCUGAAAGGUUACCAAAGAAGAUGGUUCGUGCUGUCAAAUGGCCUUCUGUCAUACUACAGGGCUGAACCAACGGGGGGGCCAAAGAUAUCGAUGCGACGCAGGCGGAGAGGUGGCAGAGCCUCCGAGAACCAGGCAGAAAUGGCGCAUACUUGUCGGGGUACCAUAUCAUUGCACGGAGCCUUAAUCCAUACUGUCGAUCCUUGCACCUUUGUUGUGAGCAAUGGAGGGACACAGACAUUUCAUAUAAAGGCAGCUACAGAAGUUGAACGCCAGCAAUGGGUUACUGCUUUGGAAUUAGCAAAAGCCAAAGCUAUUCAGGCAAUGGAGUCAGAAGAAGAUGAGGAAGAUUAUCAAGACAAUGACAAUCAAAAAGCUGAGCAUGCCUCCAUCGUUAAAGAUCUAACUGACCGCUUGGAAGACUUACAGACUUGUAAUGAUCUAAUAACUAAACGGGGGACUGCUUUGCAGCGGGCUUUGAAUGAGCUUGAAACUCUGGAUGUUUCGUCUAACGUUUCUCCCAAAAUAAAAGCAGUUAACGAGCGUGCAGCCCUUUUUCGAUUUGCUUCAAGCACAAUGAUUAAUGCAUGUACCGAGUAUCUCAAUCUUGCCCAACAACAAGGGCACAAGUGGCAAAAGUUGUUGCAACACGAACGUGAACAAAAAUUACGCUUAGAAGAAAUGGUAGAGCAACUUGCAAGGCAACAUUCUCAUUUGGAACAAGCAGCUCAGCAUGCUUUACCUCCAGCUUCAGGACCUAGUGGACAUAGAUCUUCUCACGCCCCGGUGCAUGCCUCGCCGUCGGAGGACGAAGAAGAUAACGCUGAGUUCUACGAUGCCCAGGAAUCGGAUACAUUUACCUUAAACAUUCCUGGAGUAGCAAGUGGACACUCUACAUCAAGGGAUCGUGAUCGUACGGAUUCCCAAGGUAGUGACGAUGGUUCAAGUUCUGAGGGUGAUCCAGCUAAUCCAUCUCCCGGUCCUGACUCAGCUGCCAAUAACUCGUUCCAUAUUCUGACCGACCCAUCUGUUUCGGCAUCUAAAUCUAGUGAUAUAAACUCUGCAAGCGAACUGGCUACUACGGCUUGGAAUUCUAAUAAUGGCACCGAAGCAGCAGCUGGCACCGGGAUGACAGUCUCAAAAAGGCAACGUCGAACUAGGGUACCUGUUAAACCUAACUAUCCUCUCAAUCUCUGGAGCAUAAUGAAGAAUUGCAUUGGAAAGGAACUUUCAAAGAUCCCAAUGCCUGUCAAUUUUUCUGAACCACUCAGUAUGUUACAACGCCUUACAGAGGAUUAUGAAUAUGCAGAAAUACUCGAUAGAGCUGCAGAAUGUGAAGAUAGCUGUGAACAAAUGGCAUAUGUCGCAGCAUUUACGGUUUCCAGUUACUCGACAACAGCCUCUCGAACGGGUAAACCGUUUAACCCUUUGUUAGGUGAGACAUAUGAAUGUGAUCGUACUGAUGAUCUUGGAUGGCGGGCUAUUUCCGAGCAGGUAUCCCAUCAUCCGCCAAUGGUUGCACAGUACUGUGAAGGGCGAAAGUGGCGCUGUUGGCAGGAGUUUACAAUGGCCUCGAAAUUUCGUGGAAAAUAUCUCCAGGUUAUACCCUUGGGUACGGCUCAUUUAGAGUUCAUUGGAACCUCACAGCACUACACAUGGAGAAAAGUAACGACCACAGUGCAUAAUAUUAUAGUUGGAAAAUUGUGGGUUGACCAAAGUGGUGACAUGGAUAUUGUUAACCAUCAUGACGGUACGAAAUGCCAUCUGAAGUACAUACCAUACUCGUACUUUUCGCGCGACAGCCAGCGCAAAGUAAAAGGGGUUGUAAUGGAUGCGAACAGCGUUGUUAGAUGGGUUGUGCAAGGAACUUGGGAUUCUAAAAUAGAAGUUGCUCCUGUUAUAAGUUCCUCCGGUACCCCUGAUAAUCCUGUUUAUAAAACUGGUCCUUACAGUCUUGCUUGGAAACGACGUAUGCCUCCUGAGGACUGUGAAAAAUACUACUCAUUUACGGAACUGGCUUGUCAGCUGAACGAACCAGAAGAUGGUGUUGCACCCACCGAUUCACGGCUACGACCUGAUCAACGAUUAAUGGAGAAUGGACUCUGGGACGAGGCGAACGCUCAUAAGUUGAGACUAGAGGAUAAACAACGAGCAGUUCGACGAAGCCGUGAGGCAGAUGCCGAAAAAGCCGCGGCAGAAGGACUACCAUAUGAGGGGUACGAGCCCAUUUGGUUCAAGAAACAGAGAGAUCAAUUUACAGACAGCUUAUGUCACAUUUAUACCGGGGAAUACUGGGAAUGCAAAAACAAGGGCGACUGGACACGGUGCCCCAACAUAUUUUAGUCUAUCGUUUAAAAUAAUAAAUCCGAUAAUUCAUUAUUUGACGUUUCAUUUAUAUUGAGAGCUUAAAAUUGUUAGGAGGCAAUCAUAUUGAGAGCUAAUGAGCGAUGGACGAGAAAAUAGUGUUAAUUGUGCAGGUCGUGUAAAGCUACUUGUCUUUCGCUUAUUAUACGAUCUAUUCGGACUUAUAUCACAUUUACCAUAAAUCAGUAUGUACCAAAUUGUUUGCUGCCUGACAGUUACUGUUAAAAGUCUCAUUCUUGUAAAGUGAAAUAGAAAUAUAAACUGGCAAUCUGACACUCCCGUCGGGGCCUCUACUUUAUUAUUUAAUCAAUUAUAAAAGCAGUUUCAUCUAAAAUUGGGCAUCCUCGGAGAAUU